UAAAAUUUGUUAAGGCCUAAAGCAAAUGGAGCCAAGCCUUAGUCACACGCACAAAAAGAAGAUAAAUAUAAUAAACCAAGCUAGUUAUAUGUAAAUCGUACUCCUUUUGAAAGACCAACAAGCUUCUCCAUUUCAUAGUUCAAAACAUAGGUCGUUCCUUGUGGUGUUAAUUUCUUUGUGGCUACAAUGGUGUUGAAAACCAAGAGAUCCACUACUGACGAACAUGAUUUUUCAAAGAAAACCAAACCCAAUUUUGAGCUCAAACACGCCUUUCACUCAGUCAAAUCUCAAAUCCCUUUAAACCAUUGCCUAUGGCUUUUCAUUACCAUAUUCCUUCAGAUCCUCAUCCUCUUCUUCCUCAUCGGCUCCUCUCCGCCGCAUCCUCCGCCGUCAAACACCCAACAGCUGUUCGCUCUCGACCCCGACUGCCAAUCCGGUUACGUUUACGUCUACGAUCUCCCCGCAACAUUCAACACAGAGUUCAUUGACAAAUGUAACGAAUUAGACCCGUGGAAAUCGCGUUGUAGCGCGGUUUCCAACGGUGGGUUCGGACCCAGAGCUACUGGGCUCGAACGCGUUGUACCAGCAAAUCUUACUCCAGCUUGGUACUGGACUGACAUGUAUGCUGCUGAAGUCAUUUACCAUAACAGAAUGUUGAGCCACAAAUGCAGAACUUUGGAUCCAGAAAAGGCAACGGGGUUUUACAUUCCGUUUUACGCUGGACUUGAUAUUGGUAAAUUCUUAUGGUUCAAUUAUACAGCUAAAGAUCGAGAUCGUAAAAGUGAAAUGGUUCUUGAUUGGUUAAAAAAACAAUCAACUUUUACUAGAGCUAAAGGAGUUGACCAUUUUAUGAUGCUCGGUAGAUUAACGUGGGAUUUUCGAAGAUUAAGUGAUAAAGAUUCAGAAUGGGGGUCCAGUUUACUUUACAUGCCGUUAAUGAAAAACGUUUUCCGUUUAUCCGUUGAGAAACAUCAGAACGAUGAUUUAGAAGAAAGUGUUCCUUAUCCUACAGCAUUUCAUCCAAGAUCAGAAUCCGACAUUGUACAAUGGCAAAAUUACAUUCGUAACUACGAACGUACUAAGUUGUUUUCUUUCGUUGGUGCUAAACGUGAGAAAAUCAAGAAUGAUUUUCGUGGGAUAUUAAUGGAUUACUGUAAAAGUGAAGAUAAUUGUCGUGCCGUUGAUUGUGCAACCACCGUUUGUUCCGACGGAGCUCCGGCGAUUAUGGAGGCGUUUCUUGAUUCAGAUUUCUGUUUACAGCCAAGAGGUGACGGGUUGACUAGACGGUCAACGUUUGACUGUAUGUUGGCCGGUUCAAUUCCGGUUUAUUUCUGGAGAGGAACAUUUAAAGGUCAAUAUGAAUGGCAUUUGCCGUGGAUGUCUGAGACUUAUACAGUGUUUAUUGAUAAUGAUGAUGUGAGAGAUACAAAUGGGACAUUGAUUUUAAAGGUAUUAGAAGGUAUUCAUAAAGAUAAGGUAAAAGAAAUGAGAGAGACUUUGAUUAAUCUUCUUCCUAAGUUUGUUUAUGCGAGAUCAGGUGAAGAUAUAGGAGGUGUAAAAGAUGCAUUUGAUAUUACCAUUGAUAAAGUAUUGAAGAGGUUGAAGUCUCGUAGAGAUCAACUUUUUUCACGGGGUCAAAGGAUAUUUUGAAUAGUAAACAUUGAUGAACUAGAGUUUUGGAAUCACGACAAAAUUAUCUCUGUGUAAUUUAUAGGUUACGGAUUCGAGCCGUAAAUUUAACCAUUUAUAUUUAUAGUUAAGAUAGCCUGAUUACAUCAAAAUGCGACCCUUUUCCGGAUUCAUGAAUACGAAAACCUUUUGCAACGAGCUGCCAUUUUUCUUUACUUAUUUUGAUUGAUGCAUAGAAAUAGUUAAAUUCAGAAGGUGGAAAUCACCUUUUUUCUCUUGUAAAAAUCCUCACUUUUGAAUAAAGUGAGACCACACUCAAUAUAGAAUCAUCAUCACAUUUUCCUUUA